AUGCCAAUCAACUGGCAACGACUUGCUCAAAUGCAAGAACAUCUCCAACUCCAAUUAUUCCUCAAGCGACUCCAUUCCAAAUCCCACUGUGCCCGACGAAGAGCAAAACGAGGACAUGGAACCUCAUACACCAUCAACCCAACCGAACUCGAAAUCCUCCAAACCCCCCAUUUCAACCCCUCUUCCGCAGGAUGGCGACCCUAUCCCUCCCGCAACAUCCCUCUUCACCAAGCCUUCGCACAGCUUCAUGACGCUCCUGUAGAAACUCCAGAAACCCUACUCGCCGCCACACGCAUCAGAGCUUUCCUGCACAGUAACGCGCCCGUCACAUGGGAUCUCUGCAUUAAAAUUUUUAAUGAUUACGAUAUCGUGCUCUUCCACCGCACUUUGCAGCGUCGCGUCUAUCUGCGUUGGUUGCCAUACUCUGAAAUUCCCGCUUUGGUUGCGAUGCGAGGAGAAUUAUCCUGUAUUGGUUUGACGCAACCGCAGGAUACAGGAGGUAUGAUGAUGAUGAUGAUGAUGAUGCAUGCGGGAGGAAACAACCUUCUCCCGCGGAUUGUCAUCACGUUGCGAGCGGAUUUGAAUUGGUCGGCGUUGCCGCGGUUGGCGCCACUGGGGACGUUGGUGCAUGAGAUGUUGCAUGCGUAUUUUUUGGUCAAGUGUGGGUUUGUAGGUGCGCAGGAGUUUCUGGCCGAGGAUGCGUAUCAUGGGCCUGUGUGGACUGCGGCGGGGAGGUUCUUGGAGGGGAAGACGGGGUUGCAUAUUGUGGACGAGUGGACUGAUCAGGUGCGGGAAUGA